AAAAUAGCAUCAUUGUAUGAAUGUUUUAAAUUUAUUAUUCAUUAUUUGCCCUCAGUAUUAAUAACUAUUUUGUUAUUCCUCUUUCAGGAUGUCUAGAAAUCCGGCAGCUUCGGCUAGGAGGAGAUCUUCUUCCUCAGGAUCCCAGGGGGAACGUAAUCGUGAUCAGCCGCAGGUGUUCUCUAGUAGUGGCAUAGCUCAUGAUACUGAGGGCCCUUCAUGCUCGAAGGGGAAAAAAGGACGAGGUCGGAAUUUGAAAGGUCUACGCCCUCCAGAGAAUAGAGAGAGUAGGACCUGGGUUAAACUUACUGAUGAUAAACUUCAGUUUGCUGAUCCAUCCAUUCCUCGAGCUAUCACUGCCUUAUGGAAGUCACGUUUUGAUGGCCCACAUUUCACAUUUGAUCGUGUCCCCAACAACAAGAUUAAUGAAAUUUACGCUUGUUUCAAAGCAUGGGUUAAGGCUAUUGGAGGUUGCUCGUCCAGUUUCAUGCCAGGGAUUGGCUCUCAAGUAAAUCCAGAGGAUGUUGGAUUUAGCUACAGGAAGAGACCACCCCGAGACAACUUGAUGCCAACGAUGAUGAUGUUUGACUUUGUUGAGGAGCAAGCACACCACAUUGAGGGCUCAGGUCUUCGCAUGAAUACACCUGUCACCUACUCUACUGAUUCUACACAGACCUCUCCUAUUGUGCCUGAACAUCAGCAGCAGCAGCAGCAGCUUCCGCCUCAAGAUGAUGUAUACUGUCCUGUUUUCGAUCCAGACUAUUUAGCUCCUUAGUUUUGUUUUCUGCUUGGUUAUUUGCAUGGUUAUCUGCACACUCUGCAUGGUUGCCUUUAUUUCUAUUAGUACUUUUAACUGCUAGCUUUAACUUUUUAUUAUGAUAUCUUUUCAUAUUUUACUUGACCUCCAGUAAUCAUGCUUGAACUCUUCCUUCUUUUCAUUUGCUGCCAUUGUUGUAGCUUUGACACCACAACUCCAAUAAUAAUGAAGCUUAGGCUUGUUGACAUGGAGUUGUGGAUGUGGAUGAUUUUAGGCAAUUAAUUGGUAAUUAACUGCCAAAUUAGGUUGUUGUUGUUGACAUAUCCAUGUAGUUAUGGCUAGUCUCAUAAGUAGGGAUUAGUUAGCAAUGUGUAAGGGAUAUUCUCUUGUAAUUGUAAGGCAUUGAUUGAUAAAUACAAAAUUGCCCUCUUU